GCCACACAAUCAAUAGUCCCAACCAGAGAACCAACCCAACCAUACUACCCUCUGGGAAAGGGAGGGGGAGGGAAAAGAGAUGGCAUAAGAGACAGAGACAGAGGAACACAGUGAAACUAUCUGCAGGCACAGACACACAGAGACACAGAUAUCCAUCCAGACAGACAGACAGGCCUCGCUCCCUCCCAGCACAGAAAGAUGAGCUCUCAGACGGACACAGACUCGGCAGCCUCGUCUGGCUCAGCCCUGGAGCUACGCUUUGCAGAGGACACCUCUCUCACUGAGGUAAGACUGUUCACAUGGUUGAGAUGAGGUUGAGAUGUGGUUAAGAUGGUUGAUAUGUGGUUGGUGAUUGAAAUAGCACAAGCAAUGGUUCACAGUUGGUUGUGAGUUUGAUUCUUGCAUGGGUCAGAUAUACUGAGUAAUGUGUUUACUGUAAGUCACUUUAGGCAAAAGUAUUUUCUAGUAGACAUACAAAAUUCAAAAAUCAUCUUCUGCUAUGUGUAGUAGUUUGGUACUGUCUUAAAUAUGUGCUUAUCUGAAAAAAAGUAGCCUAUUUACCGACAAACGCAUGGACAGUUUUCAGGAGUCGAUUGAAUGGUACCUGCGUCUGAGAAUCCAGUACAUCCAGCAUAUUGUAGUUAUACUAUUAUAAAAAGUAUUAUUAUUAUUAUUCUACAAUGUGAUUCGUCUGUGUGUCCAGUCUCUGCAGCGGAGCAGUGGAGUGGUCAAAAGUCUAGUUAUAUUAUAGUAUUAUUACAUUAUUAAUAUAGUUAUUAUUGUCGCUAGGUGAUGCGGCUGCGUGUCCAGUCCCUGCAGCGGAGCGGUCAGAAGCGACAGGAGGGGGAGCGGUUGCUCCUCCCCCACGAGGCAGUUUACCGUCUGGACUUCUCCAAUCAGAAGCUGACGUUCGUCCACUGGUCGGUGUCUCUGAUUGGCCAUGGCAGAGUGACCGUCACGGGGAUCUCCCAGCUCUGGACCCCUGAUCUCACACACCUGAUGACCCGGCAGCUUCUAGACCCCGUCGGAACAUUCUGGCGGAACGCAGGCGACUCGGAGGACACGCCCCUCAAGUGUCUGGAGGCAGACAUCCAGGAGUUCGGGGAGCGAAUCGCGGAGCUGGCCAAGGUCCGCAAGGUCAUGUACUUCCUGUUUGCCUUCAAGGAGGGGGCGGAGGCUGACAAGGUCAGCAUCUCCGUGGAGUUCAAUCAGGCCUGACCUACAAACCUUAAAGGGAUACUUUUUGGAUUUUGGCAAUGAGGCCCUCUGGACACAGAAGUGUGUACUUCUCUGUGUCGAGUAUGAAGGAAGAUAGAGGUAGUUUUGCGAGCCAAUGCUAACUAGCAUUAGGGCAAUGACUGGAAGUCUAUUGGUAUCUGCUAGCAUUGAAAAGCAUGCUAGCAGAUACCCAUAGAUUUCCAGCCAUUGCACUAACGUUAGUUAGCACUGGCUCGUGAAACUACAUCUAACACAGACAUAAAAAUGGUAUCCACACUUUCAUCUGACUCUGGGGAAAGGGAUAAAGGGCCUCAUUGCCAAAAUCCCGAAGUAUCCCUUUAACUGAUUCCUCUUCCCUCUAGUCUCCUGCUCUCCAUUCUAAGGGAAAGCCUUCUACUACAGCCAUUCUAG